UUCUGCACUAAACAAAACCUUUGAUAUUUUCUUUUCUUUCCAAACAUGGUGUGGAACAGAGGCCACACCAUAGGCCACGGAUCAACUGCCACCGUCUCCAUCGCCACGUGCUGCGGCGGCGUCUUCGCCGUCAAGUCAUCGGAGCUAUCUCAAUCAGAGCCUUUAAAGAAAGAGCAAACAAUUCUAUCUUCUCUAAGUAGUCCUUAUGUGGUUACAUACAAAGGGUGUGACAUUACCAUGGAGAACAACAAGCUUAUGUUCAAUUUCUUCAUGGAGUACAUGCCCUUUGGCACCCUUCUUCAGGCGACUCGCCGGCACGGUGGGCGGAUAAAGGAACCGGUGAUCAAAUGCUACACAAGGCAAAUUAUGCAAGGGCUAGAGUACUUGCAUUCAAAAGGGUUGGUGCAUUGUGACAUCAAGGGUGCCAACAUCUUAAUUGGUGAAGAUGGGGCUAAAAUUGGAGAUUUUGGGUAUGCCAAGGGUGCUGCCGAUGCAGCUGCGCCGAUCUGUGGCACGCCUAUGUUUAUGGCGCCGGAGGUGGCGCGUGGGGAGGAACAAGGGUGUCCUAGUGAUGUUUGGUCACUUGGAUGCACUGUGAUUGAAAUGGCCACUGGUAGUGCACCAUGGCCUAAUGUGGCAGACCCUUUUUCAGUGCUUUAUCACAUUGCAUAUUCUGGUGAGGUUCCUGAGAUUCCUUGUUUUCUAUCUGAGGAAGCUAAGGAUUUCUUGGGGAAGUGUUUGAGGAGGAAUCCUCAAGAGAGAUGGACAGCCAGUGAACUUUUGAAGCAUCCAUUUCUUGGGGAAUUUUGUUCCAAUAGCAAUAAGCAAGUUCUGGAGUCUAAUUCAAGUUCCCCAAAAAGUGUUCUUGAACAAGGCUUUUGGAGUUGUGUGGAAGAAUCAGAAAACUUUGGAAAUUUCGUUCACACAAAAAGUUUUGAAAUUUCAGCUAUUGGAAGGGUGAGAAGUUUAGCUUUGUGUUCAGGGGUGCCAUGUUGGGCACGGCAUCAUGAUGAUGGUGAUGAUGAUGAUUGGAUCACAACCAGAAGGAAUGAGGGAGGGGUUGAAGUUGAAGGUUUUGACAAUUGUGGGUCAGAGACAGCUUCUACUACUAGUGAUGGGUUGGCCCCGAAGAGGUUGGUAAAAAGCAAUGUCAGUGGUAGAAUUAGUGGACAUGUUCGUCAGGAUCACAUAUGUAUGAGUGCUAGUGUUGUAGUUAGUGAUCUCAAUUUUGACAGAGGCAUUGCUAAGAUGCCAUUCCCUUCAAUAAUAGAUUCUUUAUAA